GCAAGUUGUCUACCUCACCUCUCUGGCGCGGGCACUUAUCUCUUAUCUUGUAGUUGCAGGACAUAGUUUUAUGGUGGGCACUUUAGUAGUUUAUGAAAUACUACUACUAUUACUUGAUAAUUUUCUUAUCUGUGUAUUUUGGAUUCAUUCAGUGGUCUGGGCCGCCAAGCACGACCUUGGUUUUACAUUACAGGCGUCUCCUUACAUUUUAACUACUUUGAUGCUAGCUUUAUUCACCAAAAAAAGAAGAAUUGUAAAUGGCCGAAGCAGUAGUGUCAAUUGUUGUCGGAAGGCUCACUGAUUUGCUGACCCAAGAAGCUACACUUCUUCGCGGAGUGACAGAUGAAAUUCAACAAGUGGUGACCGAGUUGAUGCGCAUUAAGGCAUUCUUGAAAGAUGCAGAUUCAAGAAUCGGUGAACAAAGAGUGAGAAUUCUGCUUGCGCAAGUACGCGACCUUGUGUAUGAUGCUGAAGACGUGGUUGAAAGCUUUCUCCUCAAGGCUUUAGCUAGUGAAAGACGAAGAUCACAGGGUGGGAUCAAAAGCGUGGUUAUGAGAUUAGUCCUUCAUGAUCAUGCACAUCAUCGCGUGUUUAACAGGGAAAUCAAACGUGUACAAGCCAGGAUGCCGCAGCUCUUGAGCUGCUUUCGUGAAUAUGAUAUCGUGUCAAGGUUAGAACAAGGCCAGGAAUCAUCAUCAAGUGACACUUCAAUGUGGAAGCUGAAACGGUUUCAUUCGUAUGCUGUUGUUGAGCCGGAUUUAUUUGUUGGCUUUGAAGGAGUUCUUGAAAGCUUGGUGGGGCAUUUGGUGGAUGAAAGUGAUGGCGGCUACCCUGUUAUCUUCAUUGGUGGGAUGGGGGGGGCUAGGAAAGACCACUCUUGCUAGAAAAAUAUACAACCAUUCCACCAUCAAGAAGCAUUUUUCGGGGUUAGCCUGGGUUUCCAUCUCUCAGAAGUGGCAACCGAAGGCUGUGCUGCAGCGGAUUCUUGUUAGUCUUGUCCCUGAGAAAAGAGCAGAGAUCCUUCACUCUGAAGUUGACAAGCUUGUGGAAAAUUUGCUAGAAAUUCAGCUCAAGAAAAAUUGUUUAAUUGUUCUUGAUGACAUAUGGUCAAUUGAUGCUUGGGAUUCCUUAAAAGCGGCCUUCCCAAAUGAAAUUUGCAGAACCAAAAUAAUGCUUACAAGUCGUAAUGUGGAUGUUGCUUCCCAUGUCAACCCGAGAUGUUUUGUUUACAAACCGCAGGUCCUUGAUGCAGAACAAAGUUGGGAGCUACUCCGUUUGAAAGCACUUCCAAAACCAGACUAUCUAAGCGCCAGAGACUAUCAAAAGAUGGAGGAAUGGGGAAGAGAACUGGUUCAGAAUUGUUCGGGUCUUCCACUAGCUAUAGUUGUUUUGGGGGGAAUUCUUGUAACAAAACCGACCUUUUAUGAGUGGGAGAAGGUAUAUUAUGAUAGCUUAUCCUCCCUAAAGAGAGGCAAAGGCCUCGGAGAAGGUCAUCGAGAAGAAGUGUUUGAGUUUUUAGUUUGGAGUUACAAUGAUUUACCCUCUCAAUUGAAGUUAUGCUUUCUAUACAUGGGUAAAUUUGCAGAAGAUGAAGAUAUAGAAGCAGAGACUCUAUAUCAGUUAUGGAUUGCAGAAGGAAUGGUACUAUCAAGUGACAAAAGGGAAGGAGAAACACUGAUGCAAGUUGCUGAAUCCUAUAUGGGGGAACUGGUCCAUAAGAGUAUGGUUCAAGUAAUAUACGAAGAUGAUAUAUACUCACAAAGAAAAUUCAAAUCAUGUCUACUUCAUGACCUAAUGAGAGACCUGUCUAUGUCUAUAGCUAAAGGGGAAGAUUUUUUCAAAGUUGCUAAUAUCAGAGAAGUUAACGAUUUCCCAUUUGAUCCAUCUCUGCAAUUGGCGUCCUCUUCCCCACGACAGCUAGUGAUCUAUCUUGAUGCAGUAAGAUACAAAAGUAUCAAAUAUCUCCCAUUCCUUGUCAACAAAUACAAUCAACGACGAGUCAGGUCAGUUUUAUUGUUUGCAAACAAUGCCUUCCCGACAAUACUGGUAUCACAUGUUGCAAACUUCAGGUUUCUAAGAGUUUUUGCUCUGGAAGGAGUUGAUCUUAAUAAACAAAGUGAGUUCAGUUGUCUUUCUCGUAUUCAUGUCGAAAAAUGUUUAGGCAGCCUGGUUCACUUGCGGUAUUUGAGUCUCAGGGGAAGCGGGACUGAUUGGUUGUUGUUUCCCUGUAUACAGAAGCUGAAAUUACUAAAAACUCUGAGAUUAGACGUGGGGUAUUAUUUACACAUUCCACCAUGGAUUUCAACAAGUAUUCUGAGCAAAUUGGAAUGUUUACAACAUCUGUAUCUACCAAGUUUUGGAAUUCAAAGCUCAGGGAAGAAUAUAAAAUUACGGUUUAAUGGGCUGAGCUUGUUAGAGACACUUGAGAACUUUGAUCCUGAUUGGUGUGAGGUCAAGGACAUACCGAGAUUAAUCAGUCUUCAGAAACUAACUGUAAAAGUAAAAGAGGGUUAUAAAGAUUUGGAAGAUAUGGUUAAAUGCUUGUCAUCAUAUUCAGGUAGGUACUUGAACCUAGAUAUUGAUAUGUGUGAUCCAGGUUUUGGUGCAGAUAUCUGGAGACAGUUGUUCAGUAAUCACACAUCCAAUCUUCAGAAAUUACUAUUAAGUGGCAAGCUCCCGGAGCUGGGUCAAAUAUUUGGACAGCAGAAACUACGUAAUACACAUGAUAUCAAUGUAUCUUUGAUUCAUAUUACCAGCUUAAGAUUAUGGGAGUCGUGCCUAGAGGAAGACCCGAUGCCAAUACUGGAGAAGAUUCCGACUCUGAGGAAUCUGGAUUUAACAAAUGCAUAUGUGGGGAAGGAAAUGGUGUGCUCAGCCAAUGGUUUUCAAAACCUCGAACGUCUUGUCUUAUGGAAUCUCCACAACUUGGUGAAAUGGGAAAUUGAAAAAGGAAGCAUGCCGAUCCUGCUCCUGUUGAGGAUUCGUAGAUGUCGCAAGUUGGAAGAGCUCCCAGAAGGAUUGAAAUUCCUCAGUUCCUUGGAAAAGAUAGAAAUAAAUGGAAUGCCAUCAGAUUUCAAUGAAAGGGUGCGUGUGGUGGAUGGUGAAGCAGGACCUGAUUUUUACAAGGUUGCUCACAUCCCGGACCUGGAGAUCAGUGGAAUAAGUGGUGAACUUACAGAUGCAAUGAUUCUUAAAAUCAUUCUAGGCUCGUCGGAUUCCGAAUAGAUUUUCUUCUUGAAUUUGUAAUAGCUAGUUACUUAGUUUUCUGUAAAGUUGGAUUGGUGAGAAUGUUGGAUGAAUUUCGCGGCACAAAAGAAGAACGAUUAUUCACUUUAACUCUAAAAAUGCCACCACAAGCUAAAUCAUUCUUGUACCGUGAUUUGUUCUUAUGAAAAAAUUUCUUUGAAGCUCA